GCCGCCGCCGCCGCACCUCCGGCAGGCUUCUCUGUAGAUCGCUGAGCGCUCGUUUCGGCAGCGGUCCUUGAGUCGGAGGUGUGCAGGAGGCAGUAACCAGGCCGGUGCCGGAACCAUGUUUCGAAACCAGUAUGACAAUGAUGUCACUGUUUGGAGCCCUCAGGGCAGGAUUCAUCAAAUUGAAUAUGCUAUGGAAGCUGUUAAACAGGGUUCAGCCACAGUUGGUCUGAAAUCAAAGACUCAUGCAGUGUUGGUUGCACUGAAGAGAGCACAGUCAGAACUUGCAGCUCAUCAGAAAAAAAUUCUCCAUGUUGACAACCAUAUUGGUAUCUCCAUUGCGGGGCUUACUGCAGAUGCUAGACUGUUAUGUAAUUUUAUGCGCCAAGAGUGUUUGGAUUCCAGAUUUGUAUUUGAUAGACCACUUCCUGUGUCUCGGCUUGUGUCUCUAAUUGGAAGCAAAACCCAGAUACCAACACAACGAUAUGGCCGGAGACCGUAUGGUGUUGGGCUGCUCAUUGCUGGUUAUGAUGAUAUGGGCCCUCACAUUUUCCAAACUUGUCCAUCUGCCAACUAUUUUGACUGCAGAGCCAUGUCCAUUGGAGCUCGUUCUCAGUCAGCUCGUACUUACUUGGAAAGACAUAUGUCUGAGUUUAUGGACUGUAAUUUGAAUGAACUGGUUAAACAUGGUCUGCGUGCCUUAAGAGAGACUCUUCCUGCAGAGCAGGACCUAACUACAAAGAAUGUUUCCAUUGGAAUUGUUGGUAAAGACUUGGAGUUUACAAUCUACGAUGACGAUGAUGUGUCUCCCUUCCUGGAGGGCCUUGAAGAAAGACCACAGAGAAAGGCACAGCCUGCCCAGCCUGCUGAUGAACCUGCAGAAAAGGCUGAUGAACCAAUGGAACAUUAAGUGAUCAACCUGUCUAUAUGUGUAUUAUCAAACAUGUAAGAAAGCAGGAACAUAUGAUUACAGUGCUAAUGAUAGUAAUCUAUACUUCGAACCAAAAGAUACAGAGUGCUAGAAUAGUGUGUUGUAGGAAUCAGUUGAGAUGUGGGUUUUUUCCAAGCAACCUCACCAUGGAGCUAUAAUGGAGAGCAUUUUUCUUUGAAAGGAUCUAUAUAAUCAUUUUCUAGAAAGUAUAGCUAUCUGUACUAAUGUUUUUAUACGAAGAAAAUAGUGUCUUUACAAUUUUAAAGACUACCGUGAAAUAAAAAUGUUUCACCUCUGGUAUA